UUAUCUGCUGGUCACAAGCAGGCCCUUGCCAUGAUCAGAGUUACCAUGUCCACCUUGCUCCUCUGGACUCUGAUUGCCUGCAGCAGGGGUGGCCAUGGUGGGGGUGAAGAUUGGCCCAUCCACAGGGCCUGCAGCAGCGACGGCUUGGAGAUUUUCUACCAGAGUUGCGAUCCUUUACAGGAUUUUGGCUUUUCUAUUGACCAGUGUUCCAAACAAUUAAAACCAAAUAUCAACAUUAGAAUUGGACUCAUUCUGAGAGAGGACAUCAGAGAGCUGUUCCUUGACAUAGCUCUGGUCACUAAAGGCUCUUCUAUUUUGAAUUUUUCCUACCCCAUCUGUGAAGAGGACCUUCCCAAGUUUUCUUUCUGUGGAAGAAGGAAAGGAGAGCAAUUUUACUAUGCAGGUCCCAUCAAUAAUCUCGGAGUCAGCAUUCCAACGGGAGAAUAUCAGGUCUUGCUGAAACUAUACAAUGAAAAACGUUCCACUGUGGCAUGUGCCAAUGCAACCAUUAUCUGCUCCUGACUGGCCUGGAAACUCAGUCUCAUGGAAGCUCUGGGACCCCUAGAUUUCCUCCUCUAUAAGAACCAGUGAUGACAGAAAGUGGCUCUACAGCAAUGCGUUUUGGAGUGCAGCUGCUGAAGUCUGCUCUAGGAUCACAUGACACCAGGCUCUGCAGAUGUAAGGAGGCCCCUGGAAAGAUUCACUUCCCAGGACACUCUGUCUGAGUGGUCUCACCAGCCUUCAGGAUCAUGCCUUCUCACCUCAAACUCACAUCCAUUUCACUCUUUAAGAGUAUGUCCCCUCAGUUUCCCAGAAUAAAAUCAGGUGUCCCACAACUGUGUUCAUCACUUGUCCAAACUA